CUGCGCUCCGCGCUGCCCUCGGACGACUACGUCGCGGCGUGGUCCUCGCAGGGCGGCGGGAGACUGAGGCCUCAGCUCGCCGCGCCUGACCGGAGCUGGAGGCUCCCGGACCCCCGUACACUCCUGGGCCAGGCUGUCCCUGAGGCGAAUGGAAAGAGAACAAGGAGAACCCUUCCCAAGGGGAGUUAAGCUCCCUCCACCCAUGGAGUGGCCACUAUUAGAGCUGCAUGCUUUAGGGUCAGGACAAAGAGGCGUGGGCAGGCCGCUGGGCCGGCUGGUGCCAUCCGUGCCAUCAUGGCAGAGAAAGUGAACAACUUCCCACCGUUGCCCAAAUUCAUCCCCCUGAAGCCAUGUUUCUACCAAGACUUUGAGGCAGACAUUCCUCCCCAGCAUCUCAGCAUGACCAAGCGCCUCUACUACCUCUGGAUGUUGAACAGCGUCACGCUGGCCGUGAACCUGGUGGGCUGUCUCGCGUGGCUGAUCGGAGGCGGGGGAGCCACCAACUUUGGCCUCGCCUUUCUCUGGCUCAUCCUCUUCACACCCUGCUCCUACGUCUGCUGGUUUCGGCCCAUUUACAAGGCCUUCAAGACUGACAGCUCCUUCAGCUUCAUGGCAUUCUUCUUCACCUUCAUGGCCCAGCUGGUCAUCAGCAUCAUCCAGGCCGUGGGCAUCCCAGGCUGGGGCGUCUGCGGCUGGAUCGCUACCAUCUCCUUCUUCGGAACAAACGUUGGCUCGGCAGUGGUGAUGCUCAUUCCCACCAUUAUGUUCACGGUUGUGGCUGUGUUUUCCUUCAUCGCCCUCAGCAUGGUUCAUAAAUUCUACCGGGGCAGUGGGGGGAGUUUCAGCAAAGCUCAGGAGGAGUGGACCACAGGGGCAUGGAAGAACCCACACGUGCAGCAGGCGGCCCAGAAUGCAGCCAUGGGGGCGGCCCAGGGUGCCAUGAAUCAGCCGCAGACUCAGUAUUCCGCCACCCCCAACUACACAUACUCCAAUGAGAUGUGAGCCAGCCAAGCCUACCAGGAGGGCAGGGCUGGGGGUCCGUGGGACAGGGACUCAAGCCACAUUGUCUGUUGUGGUGACCAAGCAGGGUUCCUUCCUCCCUUUUCUCCUCCCCAACUUUGUACAAAGAAUCAGAGUUAUAUAUAUAUAUAUAUAUAUAUAUAUAUAUAUAUAUAUAUAUAUAUAUAUAUAUAUAUAUAAUUGUGUGUGUGUGUAUAUAUAUAUAUAUAUAUAUAUAUAUGUAUAUGUAUAUGUCUUCCCCCUUCCCCCGCUCCUUCGGAUUCUGCUCUCAGUACUCUGAGAGCUGUGGGCUGCACGUGGAGCUGUCCCGUGCGCUGGUAGCUAUGUCCGUGUCCCCUCGUGAAUAGUAUGCAGUGGAGGUCUCUGUUGUUGUGGUGCUAGAUGUAUGUUUAGAACUAAACCAGCCCCCACCCUCCACCAGGGUGCCCCCUCUGACCUUGGCCCAGGGACUCCUCAUGGACCAGGGGGAGGCAUAGCAGAAAACCUGGCCCCCUCCCCAGGGUUAUGAACUGAAACUGUCUCCACUUUUGGUCUCACUGGGAAGCAACAGUAUUUAGCACUCAUGGGGUGGUAGGUAGGAGGGUGGGGACAGGCCAGGGAUCUUCCUUUGCUCCUUCUGAUCUGGUUUCCCUCCCCCUCCUUCCCCUCCCUCCUCUCCUCUUGGUGUCAGAUUCCCUGUGGCUUCUUUUCUUGCCCAGAGUCUCUCUCUUCCCCGUGUGGCUUUUCUUUGUCUUCCCCAAGGCUGAGUGUCCCAGUUGUAUAUGCUUCUGAGACUGAGCCCAUUCUCAGAUCAAGGAAGUAGACAGGAGCUGAGCCUUAGGUGUGAUGUGGGAGGGCACACAGCUAGAGAUGCACAGCCCAUCUCGGUACCCGACUCCCAGGGAGUGGAAAUGCAGGGUCAUCUCAGAGCUUGGCCUGCAGGGGAAGGGGGGCUCCUCUCUUUUCUGUCCUGCUUCCCCUCCUCUUCCCAGAGCCCCCUUGAAUCCCUCUGCCGAUGUUCCUCCCCAUACCCUCAGCUGCUAGCCUACCCGCAUCCCAUGCUAGGUGGCAUCUGCCAUCUGUGAGGGCUGAUUCCACUGCCUUCUCUGAAGAGCUGGGUGGUGUCCACGUAAUUUUCAGGUAUAAAGGUACAGCUCGAGCAGAGAGUAUGUAAAUAAUUAUUUGUCCCUGAGUGAGAUCUGACUGGCCCAAGCCCACUGGGCAAGUACUAGGUAUCUCUGAAUGACCGACCUCUGGAUUCCUGAGAGCAGAUAGCUGUUCUGCUUGGGUCUGGUGGAGGGGCAGGCUCAGAGGGCUGGGCCUGGAGGGAAGAUUGGGGGAGAAGGCAGGCAGGGCCCAGGGAGAGGAGAGCCUACCUCCUCCCACCCUAGCUUGCUUUUGGUCACAGAACAGUUCUGGGCACUUGAACUCGACCCAGGAAGAAGCACAUGCCCAAUCCUAUCCAUAAGCACAAUGGCUGGAAUGGGAUUUCAGGUUAGGUGGGGUGGGAGGGGAAGCCUCUGACUUUUUUUUCCCCCAAAUCAAGAUUACCUACUCCCAUCUGCCUAUUAGACUUGGUUUUUGGCCCUUCCUCACCCUGUCAGAACCCCCUUUCCCCUGCAGGAUAGUGAUUUAAGGCCUGUGGGGCUGUUCUGUUCCAAGCAUUGUGAAAAUGUCACUGGUAGAAGUCCUGGCUCUUUCUGAGGCCCGGAGGGAGUGGAUUCUCACCCAAGGAGCAGUUGCCUGUUUUUCAUCUUCCCUUCUGCCUGGGCUAUUUGGCCUGAAAAUUUUGGCCAACCUCGCUUGGUCACUCUGGGCUGGCUCCAGCUUGGAACCUAACACCUGGGCUUCCAGGUGCCAUCUUGAGCUUUGAGCUCCAGGCACUUCAUUUUCCUGUAAGGGGAGCCAAGUCCUCUGAAAAGUUCUCUUCCUAAUGGUCCCUUACACUUGGGCCAGAGUGUGAUUGACUCUCUGCUCUACCACUUUCUCUCCAGAAAGCAGUUAUCUCAGCCUCUAGUACCUAAAAAGAGACCCUAGGUCUAGGUUUUCUUUACCUUUCCUUUCCCCUACCCUAGACCUCUGGCUCCCGUUCUCAUAGUGUGUCUGGUAGCUCCAGGAGGCCUAGUGGUAGUGCUCACUCACUCCUGUUGGAUGCCACCUGUAGUCAGUUUCCUGUCCUACCUGCCUCUCUUUCCUGGCCUAGACCUAUAUGGCCAUGCCCUAGCUCUGCUCUUGGGAAGGCCUGAUACCUGUAUGUGACCCAGCUUGUCCAGGCCCUGGGAUGCUGCAUCUCCAGGCAACUAUGCACUUUCCUAGGGAGGGAACCAGUAUGAGAAGUGGGGGCUGGGCAUGAAUUCAUCUCCGCUGGAUGGUCUGUCUUGGGGGUGUGGUGGAGGAAGGCCCAGGUCACUUUUGGGAAUCCUCAGGUCUGGCCAGCCAGUGACCUGUUUUCGCAUUUUGCUGGUGCCUCCUGCUCCCCCUUGUUUCUAGGAGACACAGACCAUUGUCCAACUGGCAGUUGACCUGCCUGAGCUAAUGUCUGUCUGUGGUAACUGAGUGAACCUUAAUAAAGGGGAACAUUUGGCCCUGUG